AGUCUAUGGUUUCGAGUCAUAACCUUUCUUUUCUUGAUACAACAAUAAAAAAAUUGAAAACAUUAGGGUAUAUUGUUGAUGGAAUUUAUAUUCCCAAACGAAAAUAAACAUGGAAAUAUCUAAUGAGGAACAAGAAUGUAGAGCUUUCUUGAGAAGUAGAUUCAUACAUUUUAUUUCUGCAUUAUGCGCCAGUAAACCAAAAUGUAACAUUAGAAUGUAUGAUAACACGAAUAUAACCUGCGUUAUCAAGGCUAUUGAUAUGGAUACUGAAUAUAUUAUAGUAGAUGAACUGGUAACACCAUUUCCCAGAACUGCUAAAAGUGCUACUCUCAGAGUAACAGAUAUUAUUUCUAUUGAGUUGGACAAAAAUAUGGAUUUGUUUAAAAUUCAUUGAGGAAAAUUGAUAACAAUGGUUUGUAUCAACAUAUUAGUGGCCAAUUAUUAUGACUUAAUGAGAAAGUAAGACUAUGUGAGCUGAUUAAGAGUUAUAUUCGAUUGUACAAGGUACAAUCAUUUCCCUGACAUAUUUUCAUAAUAAAAUAUUUUUGCUGAA